AUACCUUAGGAGUAUGGCUACGAAACCAGGGAUCCUCACAGACUGGCCAUGGAAGCCUCUUGGUAGCUUCAAGUACGUGAUUUUGGCUCCAUGGGCGGUUCAUAGCACUUACUCGUUCAUGAUAAAGGGAGAAAGUGAGAGAGACCCCUUGUACUUCCUUAUACUUCCAUUCCUUUUGGUGAGGAUGCUGCACAACCAGAUAUGGAUUUCUCUAUCCCGUUACCGAACAGCCAAAGGCAAUAAUAGGAUCGUGGACAAAGGUAUCGAAUUCGAGCAGGUUGAUAGAGAAAGGGGCUGGGAUGAUCAGAUCUUGUUCAAUGGAGUACUAUUUUACGUAGGCUAUAUGAUUAAUCUUCCAGGGACUCAUAACCUACCCUUCUGGAGAAGUGAUGGUGUGGUUAUGGCAACUCUGCUUCAUGCGGGUCCAGUGGAGUUCCUCUACUACUGGCUUCACAGAGCAUUGCACCACCAUUUCCUUUACUCUCGCUACCAUUCCCACCACCAUUCUUCCAUUGUUACUGAACCAAUUACCUGUAAGAGACUUCAUUUUUUUACGUACUACCGGAAUCCGACAACAUCAGGUCAAUAUCGCCAAAAUCCGGCGACGGAAUCCGGCCAUCUUUGUCGGAAUCCGGUCAGGGCAGAUUUCGGUGACCAUAUUGGUCGCAUUCCGGCCGAAUCCCUACCGACUUGCCGGGAUCUGGCCAAAACGGCCGGAUUUCAACAGUUCUGGCAGAUUUUCGCUAGCAUGCAGGAGUCCGGCCGUUCUGUGCCGGAUUCUAGCAGUUUUGGCCGGAAUCCGGUCAACUCAGAUUAUGACAAAAGUGUCCGAAUUCUGGCCUUUAUCUUGGAUUCUGGCUAUCGGUAA